UCCAGGUUUAGUCAUCUCUCAAGUCUCAUCUUCUUCUCUCGCCCUUCUGCUAACCUGCGCCCCUGAAACUGCUUAUCCUGCGCCGCCUGAGAUGUCUGAGACAUUCCCCGGUACUUCCAUCUCCGUUAUAAGAAUCUCGCGGUACAGAAUGAGCCAUUAAGGAAGAAAAGAAAGAGGAACGAUACUCAAAUCUCAAAAGCGCCAUGGACAGUCAGAAGAGCCAGAGCAAGCUCACAAGGACCCAAUCGUCUCUCCUCCGGUCAUCUCCAACCAUUCGAUCUUCCAUCCACAGUCUUUCUUCCAUCCAUGACGAAGAGGCCGCGUCGGAGGAAGAGAAGCCACAUAAGUCUAGCUCAGGAACACGAGUUGUCACUGGUUCGAACCGGGUUCUCCCUGCUCUGGCCAUGGCGUCCCUGAGCUCCUGUCUUUGCAUGUACUUCUUCUUCUAUCUCAGAAGGGAAGAAAUACCCACUUCAGAGAAUCUGUUACUGGCGAUGAUUUUGGUCGCCGUUGUGCUCUAUGUGGCCGGAAAGAAGGGUUUUAUCAUCCAGACCUCAUUGUUUCUGAAACAUAUCUGGGAUGAGAAGAACAAAAGGUUGGGGCUUUCGAAGAGUGGGGGAGAUUCUGUUCAGUGGUUCAUCGGCAGCAGCGACGGUUCGUCGUCGUUCAAGAAAGAGAGGAAAGACAAGAAAAUUAUCAGAGAAGGUGUGGAGUUCUACAGCAAUGGCGACUUCUACGAGGGGGAAUUUCACAAGGGGAGCUGUAAUGGGAGCGGCGUGUAUAAUUAUUUUGUGAAUGGGAGAUACGAGGGGGAUUGGAUUGAUGGGAGGUAUGAUGGGUACGGCAUCGAGAGCUGGGCGCGGGGGAGCCGCUACCGGGGACAAUAUCGGCAAGGGUUGAGACAUGGCUACGGGGUUUAUCGAUUCUACACAGGGGAUAGCUAUGCAGGGGAGUGGUGUAAUGGGCAGAGCCAUGGCAUCGGAGUGCAGACCUGCUCGGAUGGGAGCUGUUAUGUUGGAGAAUUCAAGUGUGGCGUCAAGCACGGCCUGGGUUGCUACUAUUUCAGAAAUGGAGAUCGGUAUGCUGGAGAGUAUUUUGGAGACAAGAUCCAUGGAUUUGGGGUGUAUCACUUUGCCAACGGCCACUGCUACGAGGGUUCAUGGCAUGAAGGCCGGAAGCAAGGGUUUGGUAUGUACACAUUCCGAAAUGGAGAUGCAAGAUGUGGAGAGUGGGACUCUGGUGUCCUCAAAAACCCCCAACUCCCAUUAAUAGAUGGGGUCCUGCGUGCAGUUCAGGCAGCUAGAAAGGCAGCAGGGAAUGCCAUUAAUCUUCCUCGGGUGGAUGAACGAGUGGACAAGGCAGUCAUGGCCGCUAACAAGGCUGCCACUGCAGCUCGAGUUGCUGCUGUCAAGGCAGUUCAGAACAGGAUGGAUGGAAAAUUUUGUGACACAGAAGUGUAACAAACAACAAGCCUGACUCUACACUGUAAAUUUACUGAAUUAUUGUCUUGUGUUCUGAAGCUAAGCCACCUGGGUAGGCAAAAGCAAGCCCAGAGAGAGAGAGAGAGAUAACAAAAGUAGAUGCUGGUCUGGUUAACAUGUAUAUAAAUCCAUAUUCAAGAUGGAUUUUCAGGGGCUGUUUUUUUCUUGUGGUCCAUCUUCAGUGAGCGUGUAUGUGCAAUGAUGGGUUCAGAUAAGAUUGAAUGUUUGAUCUCAACACAGCUUAGAGCUUACAAUCCA